AAUAAUUCGGUAUAUAUAUUAUACAAAUCUAUGAAAGGCUAGAAAUAAGACAAUGAACGAAUCCCCUGCCGACUCCUCUGAAGAGAGAGCUCAGCGCCACUGGUGCUUCCGCUUGUCGUCUGUCGUCUACCCGGCGGCCGCGGCGGAGGCCUCCGAUGCCAUCGGGGCAGUCGAGUUCGACCCCACCGACAGGCUGUUGGCCACCGCCGGCAUCGCUAGGAAGAUAAGGUUGUACAGCCUCGCCGGUUUGGUUUCGUCUGAAUCCGAGCCGCGCGUAUAUGGCCACGCCACCGCCUGCCAGGUCUGCAUCUGCGCGCCGGCGAAGCUCAGCAGCCUGCGGUGGCGGCCCGGAUCCGACGGCCGCAUCAUCGGGUCGGGAGACUAUGACGGCGUGGUCACCGAGUACGAUGUGGAGCGGAGCGCGGCGGUGCUGGAGCGCGACGAGCACGGCGGCCGCCGCGUGUGGAGCGUGGACUACUCGGCGCGCGGAGAGCUCGGCGCCUCCGGGUCCGACGACGGAACCGUGCAGCUGUGGGACCCGCGGUGCGGCGGCAGCGGAUGCGCGGCCGCCGUCAUGCGCGCCGACGGUCCGGUCUGCUGCGUGGAGUUCGACCCCGAAGGCGGGCCGUGGGUCGCGGCGGGCAGCGCCGACAGCCGCGCGUACGUGUUCGACAUCCGUGCGGCGGCGGCGGGCCCGGUGGCCGCGUUGGGCGGGCACGAGCGGGCGGUGACGUACGCGCGCUUCGCGCAGGGGGGGAGCCGCCUGGUCACGUCGGGGACCGACGGGACCCACCGGCUGUGGGAGUGGGAGCAGGGGAGGCAGGUGCGGGAAUUCCGCGGCCACGCGAACGCCCGGAGCUUCGUCGGCAUGUCAGUGUGGCGCGGCGCGGGGCUCAUCGGAUGCGGGUCGGAGAGCGACGAGGUUUUCGUGUACGACCUCCGCUGGGCGGACCCGAUUUGGGUGCAAGGAUUCGGGCGGCGGACGGAGGCUAGGAGCGACCAGAACGGGUUCGUCGGGGCGGUGAGCUGGAGGCAGCUGGCAGCUGACGGCGACAGCGGCGCGCUCGCCGCCGGCGGGACGGAUGGAACCUUGCAAGUGUUCGCCGCAAGGAAGAAGGCACAUAUUCUUACCGAUUGAUCGAUUCGAUCGAUUCUGUUUUCCUUUUUUUUUUUUUGCAGUCUUUAUGUCACUGAUUGGAGAAACGUAUCGCGGAUUAUACAUCACAUUGUUUCGAUUUGAAAAUCCAGAAUUCUAACUAGGAUUGUGUUGCAAGAUUUUGCUUUGAAAACAACUGCUCGUCGACGAACAGUUGGUCGAUCGUGUGGUUGCUCGAUGCAAGAAAAAUAAAUUAUACGGAUCCAGAUUUAAAAAAUAUUGUUUUUUUUAAAU